AUGCCGGGCAGCGACACGGCGCUGGCCGUGGACAGGACGUACUCGGACCCGGAGCGGCACCGGCGCCGCAAGACGCGGGUGGAAAGACAUGACAUGAAUACCCUGAGUUUACCACUUAACAUUCGCCGUGGAGGCUCUGACACCAACCUGAACUUUGAUGUACCAGAUGGGGUCCUAGAGUUUCACAAAGUCAAACUCAGUGCAGAUAGCUUGAAACAGAAGAUCCUCAAGGUUACAGAACAGAUCAAAGUUGAACAAACAGCUCGAGAUGGAAAUGUGGCUGAGUAUUUGAAACUGGUAAACAGUGCAGACAAGCAACAGGCUGGGCGCAUUAAACAAGUCUUUGAGAAAAAGAACCAGAAGUCUGCCCACUCCAUUGCCCAGCUGCAGAAGAAAUUGGAACAGUAUCACAGAAAGCUCAAGGAUAUUGAACAAAAUGGAUCUUCCAAAAGCACUAAGGAUACUUCUAAAGAUAACUUGAAAGAUAUUCAGCAUGGAAAACCACGUGGAACAGAGAGCAGCAAGUCGAGUGUGCCGGGUGUAUCCUUGACACCACCUGUCUUUGUCUUCAGCAAGUCUAGAGAGUUUGCAAACCUGAUCAGAAACAAAUUUGGCAGUGCGGACAACAUUGCUCAUCUGAAAAAUACCUUGGAUGAAUUUCGGCCAGAAACGAGUUCUAGAACAUAUGGGGGCAGUGCCACCAUUGUUGCCAAACCAAAGUAUGUUAGUGAUGAUGAAUGCUCAAGCGGGACCUCUGGCUCAGCAGAUAGUAAUGGGAAUACUUCCUUUGGUCCUGCUGUGGCAAGUACCCUGGACAGUCAAGGAAAGCUUUCCAUGAUUUUGGAGGAACUAAGGGAGAUUAAGGAGACACAGUCCCAAUUAGCUGAUGAUAUUGAGAAUUUGAAAGCACAAUUUAAAAGAGACUAUGGCUUUAUUUCUCAGAUGUUACAAGAGGAAAGAUAUAGAUACGAAAGAUUGGAAGACCAGUUAAAUGACCUCACUGAUCUUCAUCAACAUGAGACAGCAAACUUGAAACAAGAGUUAGCCAGCAUAGAGGAGAAAGUGGCGUAUCAGGCAUAUGAGCGAUCACGAGAUGUUCAGGAAGCCUUGGAAUCAUGCCAGACCCGGGUUUCGAAGCUGGAACUUCAUCAGCAGGAGCAGCAAGCACAGCAGUCCGAAACGGUUAAUGCCAAAGUGCUCCUGGGGAAAUGUAUAAAUGUUAUCCUGGCCUUCAUGACUGUCAUCUUAGUGUGCGUUUCUACUAUUGCAAAGUUCAUUGCUCCUAUGAUGAAGAGCCGUUUUCAUAUCAUUUGCACAUUUUUUGCAGUGACACUGCUGGCAAUAUUUUGUAAAAACUGGGAUCAUAUCAUUUGUGCCAUAGAAAGGAUGAUUAUACCAAGAUGAAGCUGCUGAUCUGGCUGCUUUCU